GUCAUUGUAUAAUUCAUUAUCCAAUAUUAUGCAUUUGACACCUGCCAAAUUUUUUAAAUUCCUUUUAUCUUGAUAUAUAUAUAUGAUCCUUUCAUACAGCGGUAGGUACGAAAAAGUAUUAUACAUAGAGGUUUGUUUAGGGACUUCUCUCUUCAAAUAUGUAUGCUAUCUGGAUAAUUCUGGUUAUUUGCGUCUUAUCAGUUAGUGCUGGACCAGAUGUAAUUUGUCCUAAAGUUACAGAAGAACUCGGUGCUGAUUUCGAUAAAUGUGAUGAAAAAGAUCCUGAACGUGUUGUGAAAGUUAUUCGUGCUUGCCAUAAAGAAGUACUUCCAGAUAAAGAACCAAACAAAUACAAUUAUUUCGUUGCUGCCUGUAAAGAUCCAACUCUAUGGAAAACAUUUAACCAGUGCUUUACAAGAGAUUUACCUGUGGACCAAUUUCCAGACUCUGACUUUGCAAAUUCAGCGGCUUGUUACGAAGAGAUGAACAAGAAAUACGAUAUUAAGUAGAUGGAAAAACCUGUAACUAGAAAUGCCAGUUAGACAACUACAGUAAGCUACAAUUCACAAUAUUGUUUGUACAUUUUAUGCCAAUAAUUGUAUGUACAAAACAAAAUAAAAAAUAUUAUUUUUUGUGA